GGCCCCAUAAAGCGCGGGGAGGGGCGGGGGGCGGGUAGCAAACGCGGUUUUAUGGAGGCGGCCGGGCAGAUGGCCGGCUCGCUUUGAUUCCGGGCGGGAAGGGGAGCAAGGGCCGACUUCCAAGCUAGUAAACACGUUGGCUGCUCGCUCCCUCCCAGGCCGGCAGGCAGUGAUAUAAGGCACCACGCGGACUUCGAGGCCCAGCGCCCGCCACUGCCACCCCGCCGCGCCAUGUCCUUCCUGUCCUCCCGCCUCGGAGCCCCGAGUGGGGUCGGCGCCUUCAGCUGCGCCUCUGCCUGCGGGCCCCGGCCCGGCCGCUGCUGCAUCACAGCCGCCCCCUACCGCGGCGUCUCCUGCUACCGCGGCCUCAGCGGGGGCUUUGGCAGCCAGAGCCUCUGCGGGGGCUUCCGCUCUGGCUCCUGUGGCCGCAGCUUCGGAUACCGCUCUGGCGGCGUGUGCGGGCCCAGCCCGCCCUGCAUCACCACCGUGUCAGUCAACGAGAGUCUCCUCACGCCCCUCAACCUGGAGAUUGACCCCAAUGCGCAGUGCGUGAAGCAUGAGGAGAAGGAGCAGAUCAAGUGUCUCAACAGCAGGUUCGCUGCCUUCAUUGACAAGGUGCGCUUCCUGGAGCAGCAGAACAAGCUGCUGGAGACCAAGUGGCAGUUCUACCAGAACCGCAAGUGCUGUGAGAGCAACCUGGAGCCGCUGUUUGAGGGCUACGUCGAGACGCUGAGAAGGGAGGCCGAGUGUGUGGAGGCCGACAGCGGGAGGCUGGCCUCAGAGCUCAACCAUGUGCAGGAGGUGAUGGAGGGCUACAAGAAGAAGUAUGAAGAGGAGGUGGCACUAAGGGCCACUGCUGAGAAUGAGUUUGUAGCCCUAAAGAAGGACGUGGACUGCGCCUACCUGCGCAAGUCGGACCUGCAGGCCAAUGCGGAGGCCCUGACCCAGGAGAUUGACUUCCUGCGGCGACUGUACGAGGAGGAGAUCCGUGUCCUGCACGCCCACAUCUCAGACACCUCGGUCGUCGUCAAGAUGGACAACAGCAGGGACCUAAACAUGGACUGUGUCAUUGCCGAGAUCAAGGCUCAGUAUGACGACAUUGCCAGCCGCAGCCGGGCCGAGGCCGAGUCCUGGUACCGCAGCAAGUGUGAGGAGAUGAAGGCCACAGUGAUCCGUCACGGGGAGACCUUGCGCCGCACCAAGGAGGAGAUCAAUGAGCUGAACCGCAUGAUCCAGAGGCUGACAGCUGAGGUCGAGAACGCCAAGUGCCAGAACACCAAGCUGGAGACUGCAGUGACCCAGGCGGAGCAGCAGGGCGAGACGGCCGUCAGCGAUGCCCGCUGCAAGCUGGCUGAGCUGGAGGCUGCCCUGCAGAAGGCCAAGCAGGACAUGGCCUGCCUGCUGAAGGAGUACCAGGAGGUGAUGAACUCCAAGCUGGGCCUGGACAUCGAGAUCGCCACCUACAGGCGCCUGCUGGAGGGCGAGGAGCAGAGAUUAUGUGAAGGCAUCGGUGCUGUAAAUGUCUGUGUCAGCAGCUCCCGGGGCGGGGUCGUUUGCGGGGACCUCUGCGUGUCAGGCUCCCGGCCUGUGACCGGCAGCGCCUGCAGUGCCCCCUGCAGCGGGAACCUGGCGGUGAGCACUGGCCUGUGCUCGCCCUGCGGACAGAGUUGCCCCAGCAGCCGCAUGGUGCGGUUCGCGUAGUGCCUCCGACCCUGUGCAGACACAGUUCAGAGCUCUGCAAGGGAAAGGGCCGCAACUCCAGCAGCCAGCUGGCCAGCCAGCCCGAGGCUGCGAAGGUGUCUGGGCUUCAGACAGACGAGCCUUGGGAACCAGUCCACCUGACCUACCCACACUGCUGCCUUAAUUUCUGGCUGCUCAUCCGCCACUCCCUCUUCCUGUCUCUUCAUUUCUUCCAAGGAGGUGGGGCUCUCUGUGCUGGCACAUCUUGGCAGCUCUUCCCCACCCCCAAGAGUCUGAACAACUGACUUUCUUGAAACCUUGGGCUAUAGUCCAGUCCUGACUGGGCUGCUCUGGACUUGGACUUGGGCUCCUGUGGCUUCUAAGGGCUGGCCCCAGGGCCCUACUGGUGUGUGAGUGCUUUUAGGGCUGUGCCUCUUCUGCCCUCUAAAAACCCACGCACAGCCCUGACCAGUGUGGUUCAGUUGUCCUGUAACCAAAGAGUUGCGGGUUUGAUUCCAGGUCAGGAUAUAUACCUGGAUGCAGGUUCGCCCCCCAUCCAGGUGCAUAGGAUCCCCAGUCCAGGUACAUGCAGGAGGUAACCAAUCCAUGUUCCUCCCUCACAUCA